AUGAUUAAUAUUAUUACCUUUUCAAAAUAGUUAGAGUUCACAAACAUUGAAGAAGUAUCGGAGAGCGUACCUCGAUUUUUCAUUGCAACUCUAGGAAUUAAUAACACUCAAAUGAUUGAGAAGAAAAAUCAGACUAAUCAAAAAGUGAAUUAGAUUCUCAGACAACCCAAAGAUAUCAAAGUCUUCUUGAUUCAGAAUACAGAAUUGAAUCAAUAUACUUUAUUCACCAUCCUUAAAGUAGAAAACUUCUAUUUAGAUUUGAUAAAUUUCAUAACAAAUUUAAUUAUGAGUAUAACUGAUGGAUUCAUCUUCGCAAUUACUUAAUCUGGAAUAGAAAGUCUUGAGAAGCUCAAGAGAAAGAUAUGCAUUAAGAAUCAUAAUUAUUCUUUAUCAUAAUUAAUAUCUGACGAGUUCUCAGAUAAAAUAUCUGAAUAAGAUUGUGAAACUCUACUCUUAUUAGAACAAUAAAUAGAUUCUAGCGAGUAAUUAGAUUUCAAAACUUUUAUUUCAAGUAGUUUGAAAACUUUUAAGAUGUUGAUAGUAAUUAUCAGCGAAAGCUGUUAAUCUUUGAAAGAUCUAAGUUUAGAGACAGCGCAUGCAUAAUUCCCAAGUGAAUUAGUUCAGUUUUUAUAAAAACUAAAGAAUUUAUGA